CCGCCGGCGGCCGAGGGAGCGUGACUGCGCUGCGCAGGGCGCUAGGAGGCAUUGUCGCUGCACGGGCCCCCUUGUGAGCAGCAGACCGGCCUGGUGGCUGGCAGCAGGACCCCCUCGCCUGCAUGCUGAAGAAGAUGGGUGAGGCCGUGGCCAGAGUUGCAAGAAAGGUCAACGAGACUGUGGAGAGCGGCUCUGAUACCCUGGAUCUGGCUGAGUGCAAGCUGGUUUCCUUCCCCAUUGGCAUCUACAAGGUCCUGCGGAAUGUCACCGACCAGAUCCACCUCAUCACGCUGGCUAACAAUGAGCUCAAGUCCCUCACCAGCAAGUUUAUGACCACGUUCUGUCAGCUCCAAGAGCUCCACCUGGAAGGGAACUUCUUGCACCGCCUCCCCAGUGAGGUCAGCACCCUGCAGCACCUCAAGGCCAUCGACCUCUCCCGGAACCAGUUCCAUGACUUCCCCGAGCAGCUCACCACCCUGCCAGCGCUAGAGACCAUCAACCUAGAGGAGAACGACAUCGUGGAUGUACCUGUGGAGAAGCUGGCUGCCAUGCCUGCCUUGCGCAGCAUCAACCUCCGCUUCAACCCCCUGAGUGCUGAGGUGCGCGUCAUCGCUCCGCCACUCAUCAAGUUUGACAUGCUCAUGUCUCCUGAGGGCGCCCGGGCCCCCCCACCUUAG